AAGCAGUUCAAUUUACUUUCAGAUAAUUAAACAAAAACAGAAACUAUUGUGCAUAAUAAGACUCUAUGAAGAAUAUGGCAGAAGAAACCGGAAAUUAUUUAAGAAUAUAAUACUUAUUCUAGAUACAGCAAAAGGAUGGUGUCCCGUUAAGUUGUAUGUAUAUGAUCUGUUAAUAGAUCAUUUCAGAUUGGAUAAAAUAAUUGGUAGAUCGAUGGUUCACUUAUGGCAAAUUGUCGACUUGUAUUGUUUAUGGGUUAUGUGGUGACAUCAAUCUUUUCCCACUUAGAAAUCGUAAGGUUUGGAUAAUAGUUUUAUUGGAAAAAUUCUUCACACAUUUGACUGUAAUACAACUUUUACGAUUCAGCAGUUUCAUAAACUGUUUCAUCAAAUAGAUGAACUUCAAUCAGUUUGAAUUCUUUAACUGUCAGAUUUUCGUUGAUAAUAUUAAGAAACUUUUUUGAAGUGUAAUUAAUUAUUGCGUUUUUUAAGAUGUGCCUACUGAAUAAGGCCAACAGGUGGAAGAAUGAAUGAAACAGAACUAUUAUUUUCUUCGUCCAUCAAAAUGAGCGGAUUCGAAACAAAUGUUUCCAACUAUUCUUUGGAUACUAACUUUUUUGGAACUAGUACAAUGUCCUUCGAAAGGACGACGAUGGACAUUUUAGAUUCGCGUCUACAUCCGUAUCCUAAAGAAUUCCGAAAAGUUCCGUUAUGGGAAGCAAGUUUGAAAAUAUUUGUAUAUUCCUUAAUGAUACUGGUAUCCGUUAUUGGAAAUAUUCUUAUAAUUCUAGUUGUUGCGAAAAACAAACGGAUGAGGACAACUACUAAUUAUUAUAUUGUGAAUUUAGCGGCUUCAGAUUUAUUAGUAACAUUGUCCUGUACUUGGGUAAACCUUGUAAGCGAUUUAUCAGAGGGAUGGAUACUCGGAUCUUUUUUCUGUAAAGUUAACAGUUUUGCUCAAGUAACCUCAGUUGUGUCAAGUAUACUUUCCUUAACCUUGGUGGCCUAUGACAGAUUCUUUGGUAUAGUGUAUGCCAUGAAAGCACAUAUCAUUGAACGAAGUGCGAAAUAUUCACUUAUUGUGAUUUGGGUGUUUUCAAUAACAGUAGCUUUACCAAUGGUGCUGUUUAGACGGCUAUAUGAAAGACAUUGGAAAGAUCACGUAGAGUUAUGGUGCGAUGACGAUUGGUCAAUAGGUGCUCUACAGGGUACACCAGAGCCUACAAUAGCAUUUCACAGACCAGCAAGAAUGACGUAUUAUACUAUUAUCUGCCUCAUUUUAUUUAUAUUCCCUAUCGUUGCUAUGAUAGGUGCUUAUUGUGGCAUCAUUAGAACUUUGUGGCUCAAUCAGAUACCAGGAGAGAGACUAACACACGACGUUAGUGGACAAAUGAAAAUGAAACGCAAGGUUGUGAUUAUGUUAAUCCUUAUACUGACCGUUUUCUCUGUUUGUUGGUUUCCUCUUCAAAUAUCUAUACUUUACUCAGAGUACAGAUCUGAUCCAAAAAUGAUGGGGGAAUGGUACGACACUUUUUAUUUCCUAGCCAGAACAUUGGCUUUCUCAAACAGUGCUAUCAAUCCGAUUAUUUAUGCAGGUUUUAAUGAAAAUUUUAGGAAAGGAAUCAAAUCAAUGUGUGGAUGUUAUAAGAAACCGAGAUGGACGGCAAUUGCAAGAAUAGAUUCGUUCAGAAGCACAACUUUAACAGCAACCUCAAAAAUAUUCAACAAAAAGAAAAAGUUGUCAGUCCAGGAGACUUCAUUAAUACGAAAUAAUUUCCAUGAAAGUCGAGACCAUAAAAAAAUGACAGUUGCAACGUAGCUACAUGUAUGUUAUGGAAACAGAACCCUUUAGGUAAUCGCAAAAAAGUUUUAAAAUAAAAAGUACAUGCCGAUUCACUUGUGACAUUCAUUGAAGAUCAUUACAGGAGUGAAAUACUACAUUGAAGUCAAAUAAUACGUUGCAUAUUUUAAUGAUGCCAAUAAAAAUCGAAACAGAUUGUUUGCAAGCUGCAUUUUGACAAUAUGAUAACAAAGUGAGACCUGUAAAUAGAAUGUGCUUUUCAAUUUUGGAUCGUAACAAAAUGUUGAUUACUCCCAGACAAACAAGCGAAAAUUCAAAAUGUAUUUUAAGAGGUGUUAUGCCAUUUUAUAGCAUACAUGUAAUUGUAUAUAAGUUUUUCGGCAUUACCACAUGCAUUGAGGUAUCGGAAAUAUUUAAUUUUACAUAUUGUAAAUUUCUAUACGUUUUGUUAUGUAGAUGUUU